AUGCUCCCAGAAAAUGCUGUAACUCUAGAUACGCAGCUUUCCACGAACUUGGCUAAAUACCACACUGCGCUUUCCAAGAUCUCAACGGUAUCGCAGCUAGCGAAAUUGCAAACAGUGAUAUCAAACGACCAUUCUGCGACCCAGAAAUCGUUGGAUAACUACUUACAAUUGUCAAACACGAAGCUCAAUCAAAAUGUGCGGAGAUUGGAGUUGCAAAGAACCAAGCUAACCCAGACUUUGUCGAAGCUACACCACGCUUUGGAAGACAUUUCAAUUUCCAGGGACCUCGCUGCAGCGAUCUCUGCACGCAUAAAGGCCGUAGAUCGCGAACGUGGGAUGGUGAUGCAAACGCUUCAGUUCGUGCAUCACGUUCAAACCUUGAAACGCAACAUCUUGACCGUCCACGAGGCACUGGAGCGCGCAGACUACAAGCUCGCCGCCACGGGUAUCGACGCGAUCCUCAAUCUACCACCAGCUGUUAUCGUGUCUCGCUUCGCAGCCAGAGUAGUGCCCUCAGCAGAAAUCCCAGAGGAUCCAGGCGUGCUUGUCGAGCAAUGGACCAAAACACUCGCAAAGGCCUUCCAAGAAAAAUUCGAGAAAGCAGCUCGCACUCAAGACGUGGAAGAGCUAACUUCGGUUUUCCAGCUGUUCCCACUGAUCAGAAAGUCUGAGCUGGGGCUGGACUUGUAUUCCAGAUACGUCUGCGAUAUCAUUUCCACGCAAAGUCGCAAAAUAAUGACCGGUGCCACGCCCGAUCACACUACGUUUUAUGCCAAGGCCCUACUUCACCUUUUCAAAAUUGUGUCAACUAUAAUCAAUGACCAUUCAAAGAUCAUUUCUGAGUACUACGGUAAGCAACAUAUGGUUCACAUCAUGACCAAAGUUCAACGCGAGGCAGAUAUGCAGGCGGGUCUUAUUUUGGAUAGUUUCUUGGAAAUCAGACAUGUUGACGAGCUUCUGACAUCCGUAAAAAAAUACGGAAAGGCUAAUAAUGUUUCGGAGGAAUCUAAAACCGAACAGCCGUCAAUCGGACGUAUUUCUGGUACGUUGAACGAAUAUUCCACGAUUUUGCAAAAUUGGUCCAUGUACUGCAGGUUUUUUGCUUUAAAAUGGUAUGAGUUCAGCGAUGUUGAAAUCGGUGAAGGAACUCUGCAGCUACCUGCUCCGAUUUUGGAGGGGAAUUUGUAUUCAAAAAUUCACAGCUCUGGAUUCCUGGAUGGUUUCAAGAGGCUAAUGAAUUAUUACCUGCACACUUCUUUUGCGAAAAUGGUAAGCUUGGAGUCGCUACCGUCGCUCAACAAAUUCAUCUCAAAAAAACCAUAUAAACACGACGAUAUUUCAAGCUACGCAUUUUCUUCGAUCGUGGAAGACCUCACUCUCUUGCUGAGAAACUGCCUUAUUUUAAAUGUGAACACUGGUCAGAGCUUUCUUUUGAAGGAGUUCCUGGACUCGCUCAAGCAAUUUUUGCAAAACGAAUACCUCAUCAAGUUUCUGCAACACAAUUUGCGGCUGCUUCAGCCGCGCCUGGCGAAUGCCAUCGGCUUGAAGCAGUAUGUUCCUCAAUCAGAUUCCAAUUCCGCAUCCCGGGCUGCGUCGCCUGGUGUCAUGGAUCCUUCAAAACUCUCAAAUCUCAGGUUCAAUUUCAAAGGAGCUGCUUCAUCCGCAUUUUCCAAUAUACAGUCCAAUCUGCAAGCCGUUUACGCGGACGAGGAGUCUGUUCUCAAACUACAUCACUACCUCGUCUACGUCAACACAUUAGGAAUCGGUCGCGAGUUUUUGCAGAAAUUGCUGUCAAGGGAGUUGCUGCAGGACAACCCCAGGCUUUUAAACGACAAUUUCCCCUUUGAUCUCGAGGCUGAAACUUUGCAAGAGGCAAUCAAAACGACCGAAAGCAACCUGUUGGUCCAAAAUGACAAAUUGUUACAAUGGGCUGUGAAGCAGCUUUUCGAGAAUAUACUGCAGCCCAAAAUCCGUAAAAUGCUAGGUUCGCUUUUCAUUCAAGGCCCUGGCGACGAAUAUCUCUCCAGCGCUGUGGAUUUUGAAGAUCUGUCGCACUUGCAGCAAUUUUCAGCUGAUUGGAACGAGAACAUGGUUCCCUACGCGAACACCGUAUACAAAGGAUGUUACGUACACCUGCUGGCUUUUAUUGUGGACUUCAUGGUGGCUCAAAUCUCGGCACGCCUGUGGAAUCUACGAGUGAAUGAACUGGGGUCUAUAAAGCUGGAUCGCGAAUUGAGCUCUCUCAUUGCCAUUGUGUGUGACGACCAGUACGUGCUGCGUGAAAAAUUCACGAGACUGACGCAGAUCGCACUGGUGACAGGCCUUGAAGACGAUGAUUUUGACCCAGUCACUGCGGAUGUCAAGCAAGAAAUUAUCAGUGGAAUAAGCUGGGUUUUAACGCCAGCAGAACGCGUUCGUGCGCGUGAGCUACGCGUUGAUAAACGUCAUUAG